AUGAAAGAUUCGCCGGGAAUCGCUCUAGACCGCAAAACUCGAGUUGGUACCAUUAGACACGGAAGCAACUCGGUGUGGAACAUUGCAAAGUCCCCGUCUCUUAAAUCUCUGCGCCAACAACAACGCCAGGAUGCUAUUUCACCUUAUAACCGUGCAGGCUCUCUCAGUAGAAGUACGAGUUCAACAGCCAUAAAUGGGUUUUUAGACGAAAGUUUCGAAGCACCGUCAAAUGGGAGGAUUCCGAGGAGUUUUAGCGAACUCAACAGUCUUCCAUGUACUCCACAACUCUUAUCGCCUAAAGGCUCACCAAGCCGCCGUCGUCGCUCUUCAAUAGUCCCCUCUGGCUCAUUUAUUGGCUUGAGCCAACUUCUCGAAGACGCCAGUGAAGGUGACAUUUCAACCUCGUCAAUUUUCCCUAAAACGCCAUUUCAUGGAUCGACAUUCCGAAAUAGUAGUUCACCACUCAACAGCAGUAGUUUUAAUGAAUCAAUGGUGGAGUCUUCGUCAUCUCCACAAUCCGUUUUAACGUUGGAAGCAAGUGAGCAAGAUAGCAAUAUUUUGCCUGCAAGUCUCACCCCACUUUUAAUGUUAGAACAGGCCCCGUUGGAAAAUUCUCUUAAAAGAAAACGCGUGGAUAAUGGCGAAAAACCAUCUUAUUAUGGCCAUAGUCGGUCAUCCUCUUCAAUGUCAAACUCAAAAAAUUUGCCCUUAUUUUCGUCAUCUGUUUACCAGCAACGCAAUAAACGACCAAAGUUUGAAGUCACGGAACGCGAAAUAAAGUCAAUUGGUAAUGUGUCCCAAAAUGAGCAGAAUAAUGGAUUUUUUACAGCAUCCUUUGAUGCAUUAGAGGCGGAAGCCAAGGUCAAAAAACCUUUAUUGCUGACUUACCAUGAACCCAAGCAAGCAAAACCAAUUGCAAAAGUUUCUGUCGAACCCAAAUCUACGACUUCGGCCCGUAAACUUUUUUCGAAUACGCCAAGUUUUUUAACAAGAUACACUGACCUGCGUAAGGUUGGAAGCAAGUUUUUCCCAUUACAUGUUAAGCCUAAGAAUGAAUUGGCAGAUGUGCAAAAGAAGAGAGAAGAGCUUUUGGAAAGCAGAAGAUUAGAAGCUGAACGUUUACGCCGCGAAGAAGAAGAACGGAUUUUCCGAGAACAGGAAAGAAUACGAUUAGAGAGAGAAGAACGCGAGCGUAAGGAACGCGAAGAACGUGAGCGUCAAGAAAGACUUCGUCGAGAACAGGAAGAACGUGAGCGAUUAGAGAGAGAACGAAAAGCUCGAGAAGAAAGAGAAAGGAAAGAACGUGAAGAAAAUGAAAGAAAAGAACGCGAAGAAAGGGAAAGAAAAGAACGCGAACUUAAAGAAAAGAUUGAGCGUGAAAAACGCGAAAAAGAGCAACAAGAACUUAAAGAAAAGAAACGUCUAGAGGAGGAAGAAAAGAAGAAACUUGAAGAAAAAGAAGAAGAAAAAACAAAGCGACUGGAGGAAGAAGGAAAACAAAAGUCUGGAGAAAUCACACCUCAGCCUUUGGAUGCUUCAUCAUCUUCAACACCUAUUUUUACAUUUGGAGCCUCCAAAGCUCCAAGUUCCGAUACCAAGGAUUCCACUGAAGAGCCCAAAAAGCCUGCUUUUAAUUUUGGCAGCAAUUCUGCAUUUACCACUGAGACCAAGACUGAUGAAAAAGACGUGCUACCAAAACCUUUGUUUGGUAGUAUCAACAAACCUUCUAAUGACUCUAGCAAACCAAGCUCUCCUUUAUUUGGACAAGGCUCUUCUGCAUUAGGCACUACUACUACUCAAAAGCCACUGACAACUGGUGGCGAACCCAAAUCUCUUUUUGGAACACCAACAUCCUCAACCCCGUCUACACCUAAAAUGGAAGAUGGCUUCAAGCCCAAGUUUAGUUUUAACUUUAAUUCAGGGGCCAAUAGCACUAAUCCAACAACUACAACUACAACUGCUACUUCAACUUCUGCUACUAGUAGUAGUUUUGGAAGUAGUGGUAUCAAUGCUACUACUGCGGGUGCUAGUGGAUCUAGUACUGGUGGAUUUAAUUUUAACAAUAAAAAUAAUAAUGUGGGGUCUUCAGCAACUGGGUUUAAUCUCAAUAACUCUACAAGUACUGGAUUCAAUUUUAACAGUGGUAAUAACGCGGGGGCCUUUAAAUUCAAUGGCAGUAAUAAUAAUAACAAUAAUAAUAACACUACUGGAGGGUUUACCUUUAAUGGAUCAAGUCCAGCUACUCCCACCAACAACUCAUUUAACUUUUCUUCAGCACCAGCCCCUGCUGUUUCUACGUUUAAACUCUCCUCAGCCCCUACGUCGUUUGAUUUCAAUGCCAUGAGCGGAGGCAAUGGUGGUGCUGGCGGCUUUACCUUUGGUGGCUCCAACACUUCUGCUCCCAUCUUCACCGGUGGUAAUGCUUUUGGCAAUAACAACAAUGCUCAGAAUGGGCAACAACAGCCCCAAACUUUCAAUUUUAAUGGUCCGUCAUCACAAUCGUUUGUGUUUACUGGACAAGCAGAAGCCAAUUCUUCACAACCUCCUGCUGGCCGUAAAGUUUUGCCUAUUCGGCGACGAAUCCGACCAAACUAA